AUGGAGGUACCUAACCCGGGAAAGGUUAAGGUCCCCACCAUUGAGCAGUACUCGGGCAGUAGCUAUCCCGAGGAUCAUAUGGCAGCACACAAGGCUCAGAUGAGUGUGCAGACAGGGUGUGAGGCCACCUGGUGCCGCUACUUCCCGACAACCCUCAAAGGGUUGGCGCUCAGUUGGUUCUCGGGCUUGUCACCUGGCAUCAUAACCAACUUCUCGGUUCUAGAAGCAUUGUUUCACCAACACUUCAUUGCUGGACGUAGGCACAAGAAAACCAGUAUCCACUUGAUGUCCAUCAAACAACAAGAACACGAGAGCCUUGCCGAUUAUAUCAGGCGAUUCAAUGAGGAGUCACUGAAGAUUUCGGAUCUUCAAGACGGGGUUGCCUUCACCGCCUUAAUGUUAGGACUCUGGCCGGGAAAGUUCAGAUGGUCUCUCGCCGAGAACGAAGUUACCACUUUCACCGAGGCCAUGAGUCGCGCUCAGAAGUUCAUUCAAGCCUCAGACAUUUGUAAGCCUGUCGGGGAAAAAGCUAAGAAGAAGAAGGAAGAGCUCCCUUACCGGGAACCAAACAAAAGCAUGAGGAAUCACCAACAAUUGCUCCCGAGAGCAGUAGAUAACGGGAAUGACCCACGUUUUAACAGAAACAGGCGGGAGAUCUACUUGGAUCUCAAACACAAGUCGGUAUUACCCAUUCCCCCACCCAUCAGUAUUGAUCAGAGAUUAUGGUGUGAAUACCAUCGGGAGUGUGGUCAUACCACGAAAGACUGUCGGGAGUUAAAGAAGGCCUUGGACCACUUGGCUGAUCAAGGAAAGUUGAAUAGAUACAUCAAACAACCCCGAGAGGAGAAGGGGAAGGAGAAAGAAGCAAGAAACGAUAGUGACAACACCGACGGGUAUGUUGGUGUCAUAGCCGGGGGCCACGCCUCGGGAGGAUCAUCUGGCCGCGCUCGGAAGGCCCAUCUUCAAGCAAUGACGCAUCGGGUGCUGGAUGUGGAACCUGCAAAGACAGGAUGCCCGGUAAUGACAUUCGGGGAGCCUGACCGGCACUUACACCCCCCCAUGAUGACCCCUCGGUCAUAG